CCGUCGUGCCGUCGCGGUUCACUUGCUGGGUAACCUCCAACGCCAAUCCAUUCUGCCAUAGUUCUUACACCCCUCACGCAGACAUGGCCAACUACCUCGCCUCCAUCUUUGGUACUGAGCAGGACAAGGUUAACUGUAGUUUCUACUACAAGAUUGGAGCCUGUCGCCAUGGUGACCGUUGCUCUCGCAAACAUGUGAAGCCGUCUUACUCCCAGACUAUCCUCCUCCCCAAUCUCUACCAGAAUCCCGCAUACGAUCCCAAGAACAAGAUGAAUGCCAGCCAGCUGCAGAAUCACUUUGAUGCUUUCUACGAAGACUUUUGGUGCGAGAUGUGCAAGUACGGAGAGAUUGAGGAGGUUGUUGUUUGCGAUAAUAACAACGACCAUCUUAUCGGCAAUGUUUACGCGCGGUUCAAGUACGAAGACAGUGCACAGAAGGCUUGCGACGCCCUCAACUCCCGCUGGUACGCUGCGCGGCCGAUCUACUGCGAACUGUCCCCCGUUACCGAUUUCCGGGAGGCCUGUUGUCGUCUGAACAGCGGCGAAGGUUGUGUCCGUGGAGGCUUCUGUAACUUCAUUCAUCGCAAGGUGCCGAGUCCGGAGCUUGAGCGCGAACUAGAGCUGUCAACGAAGAAAUGGUUGAGGAUGAGAGGCAGGGACGAAAGAAGCGAGAGCAGGAGCCCCAGUCCGGAGCCCACGAGAAGGAGAUAUUAAACAAGUGUCGACAGUAUCAUGCGGUGAGACCCAUGAUACAACUUUCAGCACUGCACGGUUUGCGACACCCGGAAAAGCAGGAUGGCUAUGAACAUUAUUCCUUCACGGAGCCCCGCGAGGAGCCAGUGAUAAUAAGUUAUCCUGUUAGCCGGUUCAUCCAAAGAUGUUACCCACGAAAGGCAAACCAAAGCAAGCAGGGACCCGACUGGGUAUGUCCCUUGAGCCUAUGAACUUUUUCUGGGCAUUCACUCAUUGUGUUUUUAGGUGAACUCUUUCCACAGUCUCAUUUUUUCGUAGUUUUUGUCCAGUGAUUUUGGCGUUAGUGGGAAAAACAUGGUCAGAUAUCCGUCAAUUGAUGACUCUGUUCACACAAGAACUUUGAUUUCGAUAAUGACUUUGCUUCCGUAUCAGGGUGUAAAUGGAGC